AAUUCAGAAUCAUAUUCUUCAUCUAUCAAGCACCAUGUCUCGCCCUGCACACAGAAGACCAGAAUACCAUAAAAUAAACAAAGAUCUCUUUGUCCUCACCUAUGGAGCUCUGGUUGCCCAACUGUGUAAGGAUUAUGAAAAAGAUGAAGACGUGAACAAAUAUUUAGAUAAAAUGGGUUAUGGCAUCGGAACGCGGCUGGUGGAAGACUUCUUGGCCCGGUCCUGCGUGGGAAGAUGCCAUAGUUAUUCCGAAAUUACAGACAUAAUUGCCCAGGUUGCCUUCAAGAUGUACUUGGGAAUUACACCCAGUGUGACCUGUAACAAUUCAAGCAGAAAUGAAUUUUCCCUAAUUCUAGACAAGAAUCCUCUGGUGGAGUUUGUGGAGGAGCUCCCUGCCGGGAGAUCUUCUCUGUGCUACUGCAACUUGCUCUGCGGGAUUAUCAGAGGCGCCCUGGAAAUGGUUCAUUUGGCUGCUGAUGUUACAUUCUUGCAAGACAGACUAAAAGGCGACAGUGUGACCGAAAUAGGAAUAACAUUUCUGAAAAAGCUAGAUGAGAAAAAAUAUAGACGGAAAAAAUGAAGAAUAGCAUGCAAAAUGCCACAGGGUGGCUAGUUGAGGAGUUUAUAUUAGUGAAACAUGUAUCACCAUAGAAAUUUUGAAUUUCUUAAUAGCCUGGGCCAUGGAAGGUCUAUGAAUCAGUCAGAUAUUGGAAAUGCAGGGCAUGAGGAUUUAGCGAUGUUUUUCUUUUGCUUAUAAAUCACACAUUCUCAAUAUCAUGUCUAGAAGAUUUCAUAUAUAAAUAACUCCUUAUAAGAUAGCAGGCAUGAAUCACACACAUUAUGGAAUCCAUCCUCAGAGAGCCUGUUCAUUCCAUUUACUCCUGGUAAUGGGAUAAAAAGGCACUACCGAUAAAAACAGUUAGUGUACUUCUCUCUUUUCGCUGGAGAAAGGGAUGAAAUAUUAUGAUACUGCAGCGUUCACGGUGUAUAGACAGUUUCUAUAUAAUGUGUAUUGCAUUCCUUACAGAAACAGUUCC